ACUCGGGUUCGACAUGCAGAAUGACCUUGCCAAACGAAAGUAGACAAGCAUGUCUCGAAGCUGUCUGUUCCACAAACUAUGGACUACACAAACAAUCUUUUCAGAUGCAAAGUUGGCUGUACAAUCCGGCGUUUUUAGGAUAACACAUUUCCAUACACUUUCAAGACAAGCAGCAAUUUGUCAUAAUGGCGGACAGAAACGUGUACAAUCAGCUAGAAAGGUACAGUUAGUGUGGACAAGAACCCUAAUUCCGAAGCCUUAUGACGAAAUUGAUGAAGAGGACCCUUUUGAGCAAACAUAUAACGAUUGCAUUGACAAGGAAUUUCAACUGGUCUAUGCAUUUGGAGGCUCUGAUAUAUGGUAUCAUUUGACUUUAGGACUCUGUAUUACAGCCCCUACAGCUUUUGCCCUUGUGAUGAUCAGCUAUUAUUAUAUGACAUAUAAAGAAUUGGAAUAUACAACCCAGAGCCUCUCAGAAAUGUUAGAAAAUGUCAAGGAAAUAUACAUGAAUUUGCCUCCAUCUUCCGAAUGGAUAUUUGCUCAAUGUUUCAUCAUUGUGUGUGCUACUUGUAUGCACUAUUUUAUCAAUAAGAACAAUAUUUGUAGGAUAUAUUACAGUUCCAGAAAGGACCAAUAUAUUGGAAUUGUUUAUCAAUAUGGACAAAAGAAAAAGCUUAAAUUUAGCCAAAGGGAUAUCUCAAGGAAACCAGUUCUUUUGGAAAAAUUCUUUCAGAAAAAAGGAAUAAAUCUUGGAACAGAAGAAACAUUUUAUAUUUAUGAAAGAAAUUUUCGAGAUAUCACCUCUCAAAAUCAGUUUUUUUCUGAAGUAGCAGCUUCAGAGUACCUUGAUAAGUUGAAGGGGAAAAACAGGUAUAGGUUUAAAUCCAAAAAAUAGGUAACUACAUUUUGAUAAGAUGUAGAAAAAAUAAACAUGAUUGUACUACAGAAAGAUUUGUUUUGUUCU